UAAACUUAAUAUGAUAUUAACCUUUUUCUUAUGUAAAUUAUAACAUUUUCUUAAAUUUCAAUCAUAUUGUAUAAACAGUUAUUUCGCAAGCGAUGACUGUUGCUUGUACGAAAUAAAUAAUUGGACAUAAUAAUCAGCUGUUUUCAGUGUGAUCAGCUGAUUGUGCGAAGGCAUGUGUUUUGAUUGUAAUAGGUCGGUGAUGUGUUUUGUAUGUAUUAGAAGGGAAACUGGCUCGUAAAUAGAAAAAUGAGGGACGAGACAUUUUACAUCAAAUAUAUGUCAGUAUAUAAUUGUUUCUUGCACUUUUCUGAAAGGUGUCUAGAAAAGUUUAAGAAUUCAAACACCCUGUCACAUGUACUAAAACUGGAGUACGGCUCAAAGAAAUGUGGUUAUUUUUCUUGCAACCCCGUAUCACAUUGUAUAAACAAUAAUAAUAUUGUUGGCAUAAGUGCUACUUAUGCUCAGAAGCUUGGUUUAAAGGAUGAGGAAAAGGUAACAGUUUCACUUUGCUUCAGUGUUCCUGCAGUCAGCAGAAUAAAUGUAUCUCCUGUAACAGCAGAUGACUGGGAAAUUUUGGAAAUGAAUAGUAAUCUGGUUCAGUCAUCACUGCUAGAUCAAGUCAGAGUUGUAUGGUCUAAUCAGAUUCUUGUGGUAUGGGUCUCGAAAUCUCUGCAUCUGUCACUUAAUGUUGAUGGUUUAGAGUCACAUUCUGCUGCUGGCCUUCUGGAACCCUUAACGGAAGUAGUGGUUUCACCACCAGGAACUGGUACAACAUUGGUAACUGAGUCAUUGGUUGAAUACCCAAACCUAGAAACAGAUAUUUUGAAGCAAGAAUCACAGAAAUAUGAUGACCAAACUCCCAUAUCAGGUCAGUCCCUUACGUCUAUGCUUUGGAAUACUUUAAGGAGCUAUGUAUCAGACAGGGGUGCCAAAAGAGAAGAUAUGAUGGUGAAAGGCCCACCCAGAACAGAAGCUGAACGUCAGACCAUUGCUGUUUUAAAGAAGUAUACCCACAGACCUCUUCCUGUGGUAUAUCGCAUUCAUCCCAUGCAUCUUCCAACAGCAGAAAAUGAAAGAAGUAUAGAUAGUUUAUUAUCACAACCUUAUAAUGUGUUUGUCAGAAGAUGUUGUAUGCCAAAUGUGGAUGCUGCUUUUCUGAAUAGUAGGAAAGGUGUGUUAACGUGUAAGUUGAUAAGACUUCCUGAACUAUCAGGCUCUGAAGACUCUCAUAAUAAACAUGUGAGUAAAGGUGAUGAAUUUCACGGGCAAGAAACUUCCAGUGUACCUUUAUCAAAAGAUACUCCUGUAAGUGUUCAUGUGCAAUUGUUUGUGAUUGAGGAUGUUUACAAGAGCUUGUCUGACAAUGCAAAAGAAUAUCUGGAUGAAAUGACAAUAGAUGAAAGAAUUGGACAUGACAGUUUAUUGGUGUCUGCAGUUACAAGAACAGGUCUGGGUAUGCGAAUUGGAGCAAGAGUGAGUCUGGAAGUUCUCACCACUUCAGUAAGGUCCCUUCCUUCUGAAAUACAAAUUACUCCUCUUGGAAGCUGGGAAAAGAGUGCCGAGGAAUUAGAAAAUUUGUGUAGGUCUUACAUAGCUGAACAAGUGAGAACACAUUGUCUGCUUAUCAAUUCCAAAUCAUUUCUUUCUCUACAAACACCUUCAUUCAGUUCAAUCAAUGUCUUAGUCAGCCUGUUGCCUGCUGAUUUGGAAUAUGCUAUUCUGGAUCCUGACAGUGUGAGAAAAUGCAAGUUCACAGUGAAGGAAAAUACUUCACAUUUGGUAUAUCCAAGUGUUGAUAAAGAAGUGGAUAAUAAUGAGACCUGCAGUGUUCAUUUUUGGGAAAGAGGGAAUCUGUUUUACAGCAACUUCAAGAAACUCUUCUCUGAGGGCAUAACAACAUUGGAAUUUAGUUUACGUCUUACACCUCUUGUUACAAAACUUGUACCAGUCAAGACAGACUUGGUAUCAGAUAACAUCCUCAUUCUUGGAACUGCUGGUUCAGGGAAAACAACUCUUGCCAGAACAAUAUGCAGAGAAUUGGAAAAGCCACCACAUUUCGUACAUUGUAUUGAAGUACAGUGUAGACACUUGAAAGGUAAGAGGGUGGAAACAUUACAGAAGUAUAUGUCUCAGUGGCUGGGGGAGUGCAUUUACUACCAGCCAUCAGUUCUCAUAUUUGAUGAUUUGGAUUCAAUUGCUGGUAUCGGAAGUUCGGCUCCGGGGCAAACAGUAUCUGAAGAAGAUUACUACUAUACUAGAGUUGGUGAAAAACUAAGUGAACUUCUAGAAGAGUUCCAGUUGUCAAAUUGUGUAUCAAUCAUAGCUACAGCACCAUCUGUUUUAAAAGUCAACUCCUCCCUGGUAGCACCACGUGGUUGGCACAUUUUCAAAACUGUGUUGGAAAUUCCAGAUUUGAAUAAGGAUGACAGGGCAGACAUUUUGAAGAACAUAAUUUCCCAGCGGAUUGAUGUAACUAUCGAUGAUGACAUUCCUCUGAACUGGAGCAAGAUAGCUGGCAGAUCGGAAGGCUAUGUUGUGCAGGACUUAGUGGACCUUGUUGACAAGGCCAUUUUUGAAUCUUGCAAGAGAACAGUAUCUGCUCAAGACUGUAAGGCUGCCAUGACUCUGAAAUUAGACAACAGCGACUUUGAAGUAGCCUUAACUAACAGUGUGCCUCUGUUACAACGAGGGGUGGACCUCUAUCAUGGCAAUUCCUGCUCUUGGGAUGAUAUUGGAGGAUUGUGUGAAGUAAAGAAGAUCCUAAUUGAGGUUCUGCAGUGGCCUUCACAAUAUCCUGAAAUAUUUGAACAUGCUCCACUACGUCUGCAGUCAGGUUUGCUGUUGUAUGGUGCCCCAGGUACUGGAAAAACCCUGCUGGCUGGUGCAGUAGCAAAGGAGUGUGGUCUGAAAUUUAUCAGUAUUAAGGGUCCAGAGCUGCUGUCAAAAUAUAUUGGCGCAAGUGAAGAAGCUGUAAGAAACAUAUUUCAAAAAGCUCAGAGUGCUAAGCCAUGUGUUAUUUUCUUUGAUGAAUUUGAGAGUCUUGCACCAAGACGGGGCCAUGAUAGUACUGGUGUGACGGAUCGUGUAGUUAACCAGUUACUGACACAGCUGGAUGGGGUUGAGUCUUUGCAUGGAGUCUGGGUUGUGGCAGCUACCAGUAGACCAGACCUCAUUGACCCAGCUCUCCUACGGCCUGGCAGAUUGGAUAAAGCUAUAAAAUGUCCUCUUCCUGAUAAGGAUGAUCGCUUUGCAAUUUUGCAAGCACUCAGUCGCAAACUUGUUCUGUCAGAUAACACUGACCUUGGAGAAAUUGCCAAUGAAACAGAAGGGUUCACUGGUGCUGACCUGCAGGCUGUGUUGUAUACCGCUCUGCUUAAAGCUGUGGAGGAAACUGUUACACCAUCUAAUGCUGAUAACAAAGAUAUAAAACUGCAACCUCUUGCUAGAGACUUGAGCGAUAAGCCACAAAAGGUCACUAGUGGCCCCAUGGUGACCCAGGGAAACCUGAAGACUGCACUCAAGGAGACUAAGCCAUCUCUGUCAGACAUGGAGAAGUUCAAGUAUCAUUUAAUUUAUGAAAAGUUUGAACGUUCACAUGGUGGAACUUCAGCUGAAGAUGUGGCCUCCAUGCCUCAGAGAGCAACUCUAGCAUGAUGACAAAAUUAUGUAUGAGAUCAAAAUAAUCCCAGCCUAAAAAUAUCCUUCUCCCUUCUUGUUUUCUUGUAAUGAAUUUUAUCUUUUGCGGUUGGUGGUUUUACAUGGUGAAUGCAUUCUAACAAUAACUGCGUAAUGAACACUACAGUUAAGUGGGUAGGUGGUAGGAAACAUAAAGCAGAAAAGUCGCCUUUUUAUACAUACUAGAUGUUCCACUUGGUUUCAAAAGAAAAAUAUUGAAGUGGCUGGGACAUGUGAUUAGAAUGGAUCAAACAAGAGAGGCUAAGAAUAAUUUUGAAAGUAAGCCAGAAGGUAGAAGACCAGUGUGCAGGUCCAGAUGUAGUUGGCUGGAAGGCGAUGGAAAUGACAUGACAGCUGAAGGUAAAGAGAUGGAGGCUGAAGACAGAUGUUAGAAAAGAAUGGGCAUUUGACUAAGUGAGAACUUGCAAGAAAGGUUCAUCAGCAGUUUUCUUGUAUCUCACAGCAAAAUGUUAAAGUCAGAGCAUUUUCAUUCUUUUGGAGGUAGGAAAGAAAGGACAAUUGCAUGCUCUCUGGUGUGGAAAUCUAUUUAAUAUAUGUUUAAAAAUGUCCUGUACUACUGUAACAUAUCCAGGCACACCAAGAUUUAAAUUGGCACAACACUAUUCAGUAUAGUUGUUACUCACUCUGUUCCUACAUGUGAUGACGAUGUCAAGUAUAUCUGAGAUGCUUUGCUUUGUUCCCAGUUAAUGUUAUUGAAACAUCAUUUCUUCGACAAGUCACAGUAAAAUUAAGUCCAUUUUUAUCAAGCCUGAUGGGAAAAGAUUUCCAUAUCUACCAUGAGCAAAAUGAAUCACAGUUUAUGCUGAAGACACAUUUUCUGUAAAUCUUAAAUAACUAAAGAAAGGGAGUAAAUAUUCCAGAAUUGUUAAAUUCUUUAAGUCCUGUAAGUGGAACAGUGUACCAUCACAUGCUUCAAAUUAUUCUUGCCCCACAGUUCAAAAGUGGCCACCCACAAAGAGUUACAUGUUGUAGUGAGAGUUUGUAUGUGCAUCUGCAUUAAAAUUCUGAAGUUGCACGUAGCAAGCAGAGGCUGCUGUGCUUGCUACCUGCUUCAUGCUGGUUUUUUCCUUGGUUUAUCCUUCGACCCUGAAGAUGUAGGCGAAAUUUUUUUGAGAAACAUCGGUUGAUUUCCGAUAGACCGCAUGGCGUUAUAUUCGAGUGAACAUAACUCUUCAUAAACACGGCUGUGAGAAGCUCACAUCCUUCAUGUGUUUGUAUUGUUUUUAAAUUGUAAUUCUCCAUUACACACAGGCAGUACUUUAUGUGAGAGGCUGUAAUGGGAGCGGCAGGGAGGUGCUACAUACCGAGACAUCAUCCUGUUCAUAAUCUUUCCCAGUUCACUUGGCUGAAGUGAACUUCCCUUCUCUUCGCGUCUUCAACUCCACUUCCUCACCCUCACCAUCAGCCAUCCGUUCCCAGCAUUUUCGUACUGUUGUUCGCUUAUUUAAAGUUUGUUCUAUGUAUGUAGUGUUUACGUUGUAAUAUAUUGCAGAACACUUAACAGAAUUGUGAUAAACUUCGGUGUAAGUUAAUUACAUGCUUUAAUGGACUCCUGCUCGCUGCCACACUUUACCAGCUACAUACCAGGAAGAAGAAGAUGUGGGGGAAUGGUUUUUGAGUUUGAAAAUUAGCAAAAUAGGUUCAUUUAUUACUUAGAGUGUGUUUCCGGGGGAAGAGGUUUCACUGGAAAAUUACACAAGUUGCAGAGUUGUUAGUGCUCGUCUUCAGAUCACGAUAGUUAUCAGGGUUGGUUAAGGAGAAAUCGGUUGAACAUCUCCAAGUUACGGCAGAGUUUCCAAGUUCCUAUAUUGCUUAUAGCUUCUGGUUCUGGAUUCUUUUGCGCGUGGGUCCUAAUACAGUGUGUAACGAAAAACAAAAGUAUAGCUUAGCGUAACAGUUCUGGAGCAAUCGCUCUAUUAUUGCGUCUAGCCCAGUACGGGGUUCUCGUCUUAUUGAAAAAGAAUUUACCGGGCCGCGGUCUGACAAAGUUGAGAACCACUGGUCUAGGUUUUCAGGUCGCGAAUACAAAGUUUCAGUGAUCUCUGAAACGGUGGUCCAGAUGGCCGGUUAAAAAUCAGUCCAUCGGUUUUCGAGUUGUUGGAUGUCUGUAUAAAUAUUACUCUUGUUUCAUUAUCCAUACAACUUGGGGGGGUGGGGAAUCGUAUGUUUGAUUUAUCUUUACAACUUUUGUUCGAAACAUUUUUAGCACUGAUAAAUAUUUAGCAACCUGCGCACUGAAACGCAUGCAGGCCUUACUGUCAUGUCGCUUAUUAUGUUGCUUGCUGCCUUGUUUUUGCCGGUUUCUUGCUUGGCUUAAUCUUCAACCCCGAAAGUGGAGGCGAUACGUUCUUCCGAAACAUCCGUAGACUUUGCCAAACUACGCAGCGUUACACCCCAGAAGGUUGGACUUUGCCGAGUGUAACGAAACGUAGCAUUCCCUGCACACAAAUCUGCACUGAAGUUUCAGAAUUGUUGUUUUUGUUCGUCUCUGCAGUCUUAGGCUCACAUUUUAUGGCCUUAUAACACAGUUCUGUUGGGAGAUAUAUAAAGAACGUUUUGUUCCCACAAUAAAACGGACAGUUGUCUUCGGAACUUUUCAUAUACAGGGCGAUUCACGAGGAGUUACAGCCACUUAUGGAGCUCAUUUCUGAAGACAUUUUGAGCAAAAUAUGCCAUAUAAACCUGGGUCUUAUACUCGAUAUUUACAGAGUUACGUUCGUAAUUGGAAACGCAAUACUGUGAACGGAUGGCCAGACCUUUCCCCGUUAGAUCAUUGCAUUUGGGGAUGGAAAGAAAGGCACAAAUACGUGAGGAACUACUUUGCUAUUGCUAGUGGGGUGGGACUAAGUCCCUUGUACCUCGGCCACUUCUGGGCUAUUGUACCAGCCUCAGAUGACA